CAAUUGCACAGGGGGGCCGAUUUUCUAUUCCCCGUAGAUUCUCAUCCGAGGCCAAUUUCCAUCCACAAUCUACACUUCACGUACAAAAAAAAAACAUAACCUGCACUGUACACACAAACUCCCCAACCAUUAUCUCUACACCAAAACAAUUCAUAAAAUAAACCAAUAUCUUAUUUAACUUGUCAACUUUUCAAAGCUUUCAUCAAAAGAAGAACGAGAAACAGAACCGCACAAAUCGUCGGACCGCGAUGAAUGCAGCACCACACUAAACAACCGUGCGGCCACCUCCCAAUCGGACCUCCCAACGCCGCCUUGCUCGCCCAACCGUCAUCCAAAUCGCACUCCGCACGGACAGAUUUUCGGUCGCGAUCCGCAGAAGCAAAUCCGGAAAUAUAUAUAAAGAGUACGCAUAAUUCAGCGCUCAGAAGUUGUAACUCAAAUGGUUCAGCAUGCAACAUCAGAACAUGGUCUGGCAAGACAUCAGAAGAUGGUCGAAGCAGAAUCAGAACAUGGGUCUAUGGAAGCAUCAGAAGAACAUGAGAUCAGAAUCACUGAAGAUCAGAAGAUGGUAUCACGCUCAGAAGCACUUCAAGGUCAGAAGAUCAGAAGAUGCUAUGCACCAAGCUGUUUUGACUCUGAUGAUAUUCAAACGUCGUAUUCACAAACAUCAGAUCAGAAGGAAGUACAGGUGGCAGACUACGCUGACUGACAAAAGGAACGUUAAAAGCUACUAAAGGCUACGUCAGUAGACACAGCGUGAACAAGGCUCGAGGUAGUUGACAAAAGCGUAUAACAUUAAGUGCAAUGCUGUACGGAACACGCAAAGCAUUAAAUGCAUUCAACGGUCAUCUUCUCAAACGCCUAUAAAUAUGAAGUUCUGAUGAGAAGCAAGGUUAACGAUUCUGCACCAAAACAACUUAUAUCAAACUUGCUGAAACGCUGUUCAAAUCUAAACUCAGAAUCUUCAUCAAAUCAACUCACUACAUUGCUGUUGUAAUAUAUUAGUGAGAUUAAGCUUAAACGUUAAGAGAAAUAUCACAGUUGUGAUUAUCGCUUUUAAGAAGCAUUUGUAAUACUCUUAGAAUUACAUUAAGUUGUAAGGAACUAGAGUGAUCAGUGUGAUCAGUAUACUCUAGGAAGUCUUAGCAGUUGGCUGAGCAGUUUGUAACUAGAGUGAUCGUGUUGAUCAGAAUACUCUAGGGAAGUCUUAGGAGUGAACUAAGCCUAGAGUGAUCGUGUUGAUCAGUAGACUCUAGAAAAGUCUUAGAGGGUAUCUAAGCAGUUGUUCCUGGAGUGAUCAGUGUGUGAUCAGAAGACUCUGGAAGACUUAGUUGCGGACUAAGUGGAAAACCAUUGUAAUCCGUGCGAUUAGUGGAUUAAAUCCUCAGGUUGAGGUAAAUCAUCUCUGCGGGGGUGGACUGGAGUAGCUUCGUUAACAGCGAACCAGGAUAAAAAUAAUUGUGCAAUUUAUUUUUAUCGUCCAAGUUUUAAAGUCACACUUAUUCAAUCCCCCCCUUUCUAAGUGUUUUUCUAUCCUUCAAUUGGUAUCAGAGCGCCGGUUCUAAGGUGCAAGCACUUAACCGUGUUUAGAAAAGAUUCAGGAAGAGAAAAACGCUUCAUUUAAAAGAUGGUUGAUGAAAGUGAAAAGUCUACAUCUACACCUGCAUCUACAUCUGGCUCUGCUGAGCAAUACAACGGUAACAAUGGUUAUACUAGACCGCCGGUAUUUGAUGGUGAAAACUUUGAAUACUGGAAAGAUAAACUGGAAAGUUACUUUCUGGGUCUAGAUGGUGAUCUAUGGGAUCUUCUAAUGGAUGGUUACAAACAUCCAGUAAAUGCCAGUGGCGUGAAGCUGUCAAGGCAAGAAAUGAAUGAUGAUCAAAAGAAGCUUUUCAGGAAUCAUCAUAAAUGUAGAACUGUUUUGCUGAAUGCUAUCUCUCAUGCUGAGUAUGAGAAGAUAUCUAACAAGGAAACGGCCUAUGACAUAUAUGAGUCCUUGAAAAUGACUCAUGAAGGAAAUGCUCAAGUCAAGGAGACAAAAGCUCUUGCCUUAAUCCAGAAGUAUGAAGCCUUCAAGAUGGAGGAUGAUGAAGACAUUGAAAAGAUGUUUUCAAGAUUUCAAACUCUUACUGCUGGAUUGAGAGUUCUUGACAAGGGAUACACCAAGGCUGAUCACGUAAAGAAGAUCAUCAGAAGCUUACCCAGAAGAUGGGGUCCUAUGGUGACUGCAUUCAAGAUUGCAAAGAAUCUGAAUGAAGUUUCUCUGGAAGAGCUGAUCAGUGCCUUGAGAAGCCAUGAAAUUGAGCUGGAUGCAAAUGAGCCUCAAAAGAAAGGUAAGUCUAUUACAUUAAAAUCAAAUAUCAAGAAAUGCACUAACGCUUUUCAGGCCAGAGAAGAAGAUCCUGAGGAAUCAGAAUCUGAAGAAGAAGAUGAACUAUCCCUGAUCUCCAGAAGGCUAAAUCAACUCUGGAAGACCAAGCAAAGGAAGUUCAGAGGCUUCAGAAGUUCAAGGAAAUUUGAACGUGGAGAAUCUUCUGAUGAAAGAAGAUUUGACAAGAAGAAGGUCAUGUGCUAUGAAUGCAAUGAGCCUGGACACUACAAGAAUGAAUGUCCAAAUCUUCAGAAGGAAAGUCCCAAGAAAAAGUUUCAUAAGAAGAAAGGUCUUAUGGCAACCUGGGAUGAGUCAGAAGAUGAUUCAGAAGAUGAGCAGGCUAACUGUGCGCUGAUGGCGACAGAAGAUGACGGAUCAGAAUCUACAUCAGAAUCAGAUUCUGAAGAGGUAUUUUCUGAACUUACUAGAGAUGAGUUAGUUUCCGGUCUAACUGAACUUCUGGAACUCAAGUCUCAGAUUAGUCUCAAAUACAAAAAGCUGAAAAAGCAAUUUGAAUUUGAAACAAAGAAGCUUGAGUUGGAAAAUUCUGAAUUAAAAGACAAACUUUUAAAAUUAUCCAAUGAUGUUGGAUCUCCUUCUAAUUCAGAAAAAUCCACUCCUAGUCUAAACCAUAUUCUGAAAGAAUAUGAUUUAAGUUUCAGGAAGUUCUUAUCUAGAAGUAUUGGCAGAAGUCAGCUAGCUUCUAUGAUAUAUGCUGUGUCUGGAAACAAAAGAGUUGGCAUUGGUUUUGAGGGUGAAACCCCAUACAAACUUGAACCUGUUGAUGAAAUGAAAAUUACAUACAAGCCAUUGUAUGAUCAGUUCAAGUAUGGCCACUCUCAUGAUAUUAGGCACACUUCACAUGCACAAAGUUUUCACAUAACACACACCAAGAAGCAUGUGACACAACCUAGGAAAUAUCAUGAAACUCACAUUAAAAAUUAUCAUGCUGUUCCUCCUAUUGCUUAUAAUGUUAAACCCAAGUUCAAUCAGAACUUGAGGAGAACUAACAAGAAAGGACCCAAGAAAAUGUGGGUACCUAAGGACAAGAUUAUUCCUAUUGCAGAUAUCCUUGGCUGCAAGAAGGACAAAGCACAACAUGUCAUGGUACCUGGACUCUGGAUGCUCACGACACAUGACAGGAAGAAGGUCUAUGUUCCAAGACCUGGUGCUUAAGUCUGGAGGAGAAGUCAAGUUUGGAGGAGAUCAGAAGGGCAAGAUAAUUGGCUCUGGAACUAUAAAGUCUGGUAACUCUCCUUCCAUUUCUAAUGUACUUCUUGUAGAAGGAUUAACUCAUAACCUUUU